AUCCCCCAUGAUCCCUUUUCACGCCGGCGCGCGUCCUCUCCUCACAGCGCCGGCGCCCUGGGCUCAUCCGCCAUCUUGGUUUCCAGGGUGACAGGACCGUGGUGGCUGGCAGUAGGCCGGGCCGACCCGGCGCGGAGCGGAGAUGCUGGCCUGCCUGAUGAGCAGGCCUCUGCCGCCGGGUCUGGCGCGGCUCUUCGGGGCGAGGGCGGGGCUCCCGCUGGCGGUGCGCGGGGCCUCGGCGGCUUCCGCGGCGUCGGCCUCGUCGUCGCUGGCCGGGCGCGAGGAGCUGCAGUACCCAGGCGAGGCCUCUAGGGGCCGCCCGCAGCGCCAGGCGGCGGCAGAGGGAGAAGAGGAAGAAGAAGUGAGGCUGGCGAAGCUGCAGCGCCGCCGCGCGCCCUCCAGGGGGCGCUGCGGGGAAGAGGCGCUGUGGCCGCAGUGCAAGGCGGCGGCCGCCAGGGGGCAGGACGCGCAGCAGCAGCAGCAGCUGGGAAGAUACCCCUGCGAGGCGGGCGCCGCCCUGGCGGCGGGCAAAAGGGUGGCAGCCGAAGGAGGAUGGUUGCCCAGGCUGCCCUGCCAGGAGGAGGAUCAGCAGCAGCUGCCAUCCGGGGACGCUAGCGCCCGCCCGCUCCGCAGGGAGCCCAGCGGUCUGCGCCUCUGGACCAACCCAGAGAGGGCCGGGCGCCACCGCAGCAAAGGGAACCGCGGCAACAGGCACGGCCCCAGGAUCCCGUCCUUCACUGCCACCGCCGUGGCAGCCGCCGGGCUGGCAUUCUGCUACAGCAAGGGCAACGUCUCCAAAGAAGACUCUCUACUGGAAGCUGCACAGAUCAACAACAUUUCCGAAGUGGACAGGUUGUUGCAGGAAGGUGCCAGUGUGAAUGCCCGGCACAAACUUGGCUGGACAGCUCUGAUGGUAGCUGCCAUAAACCGGAAUUCAAGUGUGGUAAAGCUGCUGCUCACAGCCGGAGCUGACCCAAACCUAGGAGAUGAGUUCAGCAGCGUCUACGAGACGGCCAAAGAGAAGGGGCUCCACUCCCUGGAAGUUCUGGUCACGCGGGAGGACGACUUCAACAACCGCCUGAACAAUCGGGCCAGUUUCAAGGGCUGCACAGCUUUGCAUUAUGCUGUGCUGGCAGACGAUUACUCCACGGUCAAGUUGCUUCUGGAUGGAGGUGCCAACCCCCUGCAGAGAAAUGAAAUGGGGCACACGGCCGUGGAUUACGCACGGGAGGGGGAGGUCAUGAAGCUCUUGAAAGCGUCUGCAACAAAGUUCCAGGAAGAGCAGCGCAAGAGGGAAAUAGAGGAACGGCGAAGGUUCCCGCUGGAGCAGAGACUCCGGGAACAUAUCAUUGGCCAGGAGAGCGCCAUAGCAACUGUUGGAGCUGCCAUUCGGAGGAAGGAAAAUGGCUGGUAUGACGAGGAGCAUCCCCUGGUUUUUCUCUUCUUGGGAUCGUCGGGAAUAGGCAAAACUGAACUGGCCAAGCAGACUGCUAAGUACCUGCACAAAGAUGUCAAGAAGGGUUUCAUCAGGCUGGACAUGUCUGAGUUUCAGGAAAGACACGAGGUUGCCAAGUUCAUUGGCUCUCCGCCCGGUUACGUCGGCCAUGAGGAAGGCGGGCAGCUCACCAAGAAGUUGAAGCAGUGCCCCAAUGCCGUGGUGCUCUUUGACGAAGUGGACAAGGCCCACCCGGAUGUCCUCACCAUCAUGCUGCAGCUGUUUGAUGAAGGCCGGCUGACAGACGGUAAGGGGAAGACCAUUGACUGCAAAGAUGCCAUCUUCAUCAUGACCUCCAACGUGGCCAGCGACGAGAUCGCGCAGCAUGCCUUGCAGCUGAGGCAGGAGACCGUGGAACUCAGCAGGAAGAGAAUUGCCGAAAAACUAGACGACGUCCAGAUCACAGACAAGAUAACGAUCUCUAAGCAGUUCAAGGAGAAUGUCAUUCGCCCCAUCCUGAAGGCUCACUUCCGGAGAGACGAGUUCCUGGGAAGGAUCAACGAAAUUGUCUACUUCCUUCCCUUUUGCCACUCGGAGCUCAUCCAGCUUGUCAACAAGGAGCUGAGCUUCUGGGCUAAGAGGGCCAAGGCAAGGCACAACAUCACCUUAGUGUGGGACAGGGAGGUGAUGGACGUGCUGGUGGAUGGCUACAACCUGCACUACGGAGCCCGCUCCAUUAAGCACGAGGUUGAGCGCCGAGUUGUGAACCAGCUCGCCGCCGCCUACGAGCAGGACCUCCUGCCCCGCGGUUGUACCUUGCGCAUCACGGUGGACGACUCGGACAAGCGGCUCCUGAAAGCCAAGGGCAGCUCUUCCCCCGCGGAGGGCCAGAGGAAGGGCCCCACGCUGCGGCUGGAGAUAGUUGAGAAGGACAGCAAAAGCCGGAAGCUGGACAUUCAGGCCCCGCUGGCUCCCGACGAGAUGUCCUAUACUUUAUAGGCCCGUGGGGUGCCCCCUGCGGAGCUUCAGGUUUUGUGGUCAGUAAUAAAACAAUCAUGAUAUGUAGACGGAGGAGUAAGGAAAGGUGGUUUCGGGAACCCGGGUUUCUCUGGAGAUCAGAGCUUAGCUGGGAGAGAGA